CAGGCUUAUUUCAAAAAUGUCAAGAUCUACGGUUUCCAAGAUACCCUUUUAAUCAACCGCAGUGGCUCUGCUUACUUUAAGAACUGUUGGAUUGAAGGUUCAGUUGAUUUCAUUUGGGGCUUUGGCACUGGUAAAGAAAGAAAAGUAUUAUACACAGAAUAUCCAACCAUUGACCUACUGUUGCUUUAGGUUACUUUGAUAAAUGUGUCAUUGCCUCCAAUCAAAAAGGCACCUCUGUCACUGCUCAAGGUAAUGAUUCUGCAAAUGCUCCUGGUGGCUUCUACUUUAAUCACUGCGUAUUCAAGGCUACUGUUCCAUCAGGCCCCUUGUCCAAAACAUAUAACCCUUCCAUGGCUUUUACUUCUCCUGCUCAGUUCCCAGACUCUUGCUACUUGGGCCGUCCCUGGCGCUCGUACGCUCGUGUCAUCAUCAUGAACUCAGACCUCGGUAAUCAUAUCAAACCUGCUGGCUGGAGCGAAUGGCCUACUUCUACCCCUGACACACGUAAUGUUCUCUAUGGAGAAUACAAGAACUUUGGAGCACGCCCUUGGACUAGUGCACGUGUCAAAUUUUCAAAGAAUUUGAGUGAUAAUCAAGCUGCUCAAUUUACUGCUAAGAAGGUCUUUGGUGGCAAUACUUCAUGGUUCCAAAACCGAUAGUCACAAAAUCCAUAAUCAUUUCAAUACAUAUAAAAAAACAAAUGUUUAUAUCCUCUUUUGUUAAUUGCAUCCAAAGCAAAAGAAGAGUGACGAAUUCUGCAGUUAUCCAUGACAAUAAAAAUCUUUUC